GUAUUUUGUUUGUAGCUGUGUACUUCAUAUUUUUUUAGCCCAUUGCGGCUCCUUGACAGGAUGCCAAGUUACAGGAGCCUUGUGGUCACUAUUUGGACACUAACGAUAAUCACUUUAUCACAAAGUGUACCAGUCGAGCACUCAGUUGCUACAAAAAAUAAGACAAUUCAAAAAAGGGGUUAUGACUAUACACUAGCAGGAGUAGGUAACGAUUACCUGGACAAUGGCUUUGACACCAGUCAGUUGUCGCAUCCUGUAGAUCAAGCUCUAUAUCAUGAUGAUCAUCAUAGCUUCCACGAUGUUUAUCAAGAUCUUCAUAACCACCAUGAAGUUCACGACGACCAUGAUCAUCAUCAUCAUCACGAUCCAGGAUAUUGGAAGAAAAAAGUGACAUGGAAGAAAGCUUGGAAAAAGGUUUGGAAAAAAGUACAAAAACAAGCUUGGAAACCUGAAUGGAAGAAGAUUUGGAAACCGAUUUGGGUACCAACAAAAAAACCAGCUUGGAAAGAAAUUAAGGUACCAGAUUGGAAGAAAAUUUGGAAACCCAUUUGGGUACCUACAAAAGUACCAGCUUGGAAAGAAAUCAAAGUCCCAGACUGGAAAAAAAUUUGGAAGCCUAUUUGGGUACCAAUAAAAGUACCAGCAUGGAAAGAAAUUCAAGUUCCAGAUUGGAAAAAAAUAUGGAAACCUAUAUGGGUAGAUGUACAAGUGCCAGCUUGGAAAGAAAUUCAAGUACCUGCUUGGAAACAACUAUGGGUUCCGGUUUGGGUAAAAGAAGCAAUACAUGGUAAACAUUACUUAGGCAAAGAUCAUGAAGGAGCUGAAAUCAUUGCGCACGACCUAUGGAAAAAGAAAAUGAUCUGGAAACCGGUAUGGAAAAAAUAUUGGAAACCUGCACAAAAACAAAUUUGGGUAACACAGAAAAAACUCGAAUGGAAAGAAGCAUGGAAACAAAUAUGGAAACCAGCCAAAAAACAAAUUUGGGUAACGGACAAAAAGUUAGAAUGGAAAGAAGCGUGGAAACAAAUUUGGCGAACGGAAAAGAAGCAAAUUUGGGUUGAAGAUAAAAAACUUGAAUGGAAAGAAGCAUGGAAACAAAUAUGGCGAACGGAAAAGAAGCAAAUCUGGGUUGCAGAUAAAAAGCUUGAAUGGAAAGAGGCGUCAAAACAAAUUUGGGUACCUUAUUGGAAAGAUAUUUGGGUGCCGGAUUGGAAAGAGAUUUGGAAACCUGUCAUCAUCCAAGAGUGGUUCCCAACGCCAGAUCACCAUGAUCACCAUCAUAGAUAAAGAAAACUUAGUUGUAAUCAGAAAUCCCGUACAUAAAAAGAAGGAUAAGACGCCCUUAGAAUUAAAAUUAUAGUACAAUUAAGUCUUGAUAAAUUAUAUAUAAAAUACCUCUAACAAAAAUAGAAAACUGUCAAAUAUUUUGUGAAAAAAUAUGGUGAAAGUAUUUGGAAACAAGGUAUUUUUCUUUUAAUUUUUGAUUUUAUUAAAUAAGAGGUAUUUUCCAUAUUAAUUUGGCCCAAUAAUUUCAGGGUGGUUCAUCGUUACGUUUCAAUAUAUGAACAUUAUUAAAACAUAUAGUUUUAAAUGGGAACUACCAAAUGUUUAUAACUAAUUUACAAGAUACACCAAAAUCGGGGUUAUCUGAGAAUCUAGGAUUGUAUAUAAUAUGAAGUAUGGUAUUAAUUAUGUAUAAAAGUUAGACUGAUCGUUGUAGAGCUGUUUGUUAUUUGUUAUUCGUUACCUGUUAUUAUUAAUGUAAAUAGAUUAAAUUAUAUUA